AUGUCUCAGAUCAAGGGUUACUCUGUCGGCGACAUCCAGGCCAAGGCGGCGUUUACUUCGGAAAUCCAGGUAAACGGCCUUCCGUCUCUCCAAGACGUUGUCAACUUCCAGGAGGUUCACCGCCAAAUCAUGGAUACACGCCCUGGAAUGUACCUCAAGUAUCUCCCCCAUCGAUACGAGCCUGUCAAUGGCGAAUUGCGCAGCGGUGGUGCUUAUCUCUUCGACACCCAUGAGAAUGCGUCUGAUUACUGGGACUGGACAGCCAAUGUAUUUGAGCCUGAAGCCGGUGUUAAAUUCUGGAAUCUUCCCCUGUUCAAGACAUCCAAGCGAUUCGUCUGGGACGUCAUUGGAGCCACCAACUUUGCGCCCGUUGACACCCACGCCGUUGGUCGAUUCCAACGCUGGAGUUACGAUGGAGCAAAUAUCGAGGAGCAGCUACGACGUGUGUUCCCGGAUCUCAAGAAGCGGGCCAAGGAUCAGGGAGCAGCUGCAUUCUGGCUACUUCACCAUCCUGAGGAAAAGUUGAUCGGCAUUCAACUCGCGUUUCCCAAGGCUCAAAGCGUUGAGUUCCCGUCGAUCGGGAUCGAGUCGCUGGCUGCAGCUGCAAACCAAGUUUCUCUGGGCAGCUUUUUCCCCGUCUCCAUCAGGAUGAAGAAGGUUGUUGAUUGGACCAGUUUGUUUUUGGCCAUCUGGCUUCCCAGGUCUCGUCUCGAAGGUGGAGUUCCUUAUUCUUCACCCAUGUAUCCCACGCUCCCUGAUGUCCAGGAGAAAUAG